AGCGCCCCCGCUGCACGAGCAGCCCGGAGCCGCCGCGCCCUCUGCAGCCGGGGGUUCGGAGCUGCUGAGCCGGGAGGCCCGGAGUGGGAGCCGGAGCCGCCGGCGCCGUGGAGAUACAUAGUCUGCUUUCACCAUGGGAGAAAUAGAGCAGAGGCCAAGUCCAGGAUCGCGACUGGGGGCCCCGGAGAAUUCGGGGAUCAGCACCUUGGAACAUGGACAGAAGCCGCCCCCGACACCUUCUGGGAAGCUCAUGUCCAUCAAAAUCCAGAUGCUGGAUGACACCCAGGAGGCGUUUGAAGUUCCACAAAGAGCCCCAGGGAAAGUGCUGCUGGACGCAGUCUGCAACCACCUCAACCUCGUGGAAGGGGACUAUUUUGGCCUUGAGUUUCCCGACCACAAAAAGAUCACGGUGUGGCUGGAUCUCUUAAAACCUAUUGUCAAGCAGAUUAGACGGCCAAAGCAUGUUGUCGUUAAGUUUGUGGUGAAAUUCUUUCCACCUGACCACACACAACUCCAAGAAGAACUCACAAGGUACUUGUUCGCUCUGCAGGUGAAGCAGGACCUGGCUCAGGGCAGGCUGACCUGCAAUGACACCAGCGCGGCUCUCCUCAUCUCACACAUCGUGCAGUCCGAGAUUGGGGAUUUUGAUGAAGCAUCGGACAGAGAGCAUUUAGCAAAAAACAAGUACAUACCUCAGCAAGAUGCACUAGAAGACAAAAUCGUGGAGUUUCACCACAAUCACAUUGGACAAACACCAGCAGAAUCAGAUUUCCAACUCCUGGAGAUUGCCCGUAGGCUGGAGAUGUAUGGGAUCCGGUUGCACCCAGCUAAGGACAGGGAAGGCACUAAGAUCAACCUGGCUGUUGCCAACACGGGAAUUCUUGUGUUUCAGGGUUUCACUAAGAUCAACGCCUUCAACUGGGCGAAGGUGCGGAAGCUGAGCUUCAAGAGGAAGCGCUUUCUCAUCAAGCUCCGCCCUGAUGCCAAUAGCUCGUACCAGGAUACCUUGGAAUUUCUCAUGGCCAGUCGGGAUUUUUGCAAGUCCUUCUGGAAAAUCUGUGUUGAACAUCAUGCCUUUUUUAGACUUUUUGAAGAGCCCAAACCAAAGCCAAAGCCCGUUCUCUUUAGUCGAGGGUCAUCGUUUCGGUUCAGUGGUCGGACUCAGAAGCAGGUUCUUGACUACGUGAAAGAAGGGGGACAUAAGAAAGUGCAGUUUGAAAGGAAGCACAGCAAGAUUCAGUCCAUCAGAAGCCUGGCUACACAGCCUACAGAGCUGAAUUCAGAAGUGCCAAAACAAGCGCAGCAGAGUGCCGGCCUUCCCGCAGGAGAGGGCCCGGAGCCCGCCGGCGGCCCGGGCGGCCAAGGUGGCCCGCAGGGAGAGGAGCCCGGCGUCUCGGCCGAAGAGCCGCGCCAGAGCCCCGCGCUGCCCCAGAGCCCCGCGGGCGGCGGGAAGGUGGACGGAGGCGCGCGGGCGCCGGCCGACGAAGAGGAGGAGGCCGUUCAGGAUAGGACCCAGCAGAGUAAAGCUCAGCCCCCGCAGCCGAGCACAGAGCUGUCCAUCAACUCCCAGGGAGGAGCUGUGCCCGCCAGCGUGAUCUUGUCUCCCAGCCUGAGCCCUGACGCCAAGCAGGCCUCCCCCUUGGUCAGCCCGCUGCUGAAUGACCAGGUGUGCCCACGCACCGACGACGAGGAGGAAGGCCGGAGAAAGAGAUUCCCAACGGACAAGGCGUACUUCAUUGCUAAGGAAGUAUCCACCACCGAAAGAACAUAUCUGAAGGAUCUUGAGGUCAUCACUUCGUGGUUUCAGAGCACGGUGAGCAAAGAGGACGCCAUGCCCGAAGCCUUGAAAAGUCUCAUAUUCCCGAAUUUUGAACCUUUGCACAAAUUUCAUACAAGUUUUCUCAAGGAAACCGAACAACGACUAGCCCUGUGGGAAGGCCGCUCAAAUGCCCACGUCAGAGGAGAUUACCAAAGAAUCGGAGAUGUCCUGCUGAAGAACAUUCAGGGCAUGAAGCAACUGGCGGCUCACCUGUGGAAGCACAGCGAAGCUCUGGAGGCGCUGGAGACGGGCAUCAGGGGCUCGCGGCGGCUGGAGAACUUGUGCCGAGACUUCGAGCUGCAGAAGGUGUGCUACCUGCCGCUCAACACCUUCCUCCUGCGCCCGCUGCACCGGCUCAUGCACUACAAACAGGUCCUGGAGCGGCUGUGCAAGCACCACCCGCCCCACCACGCCGACUUCCGGGACUGCCGGGCUGCUUUGGCAGAGAUUACUGAGAUGGUGGCACAGCUUCACGGUACGAUGAUCAAGAUGGAGAAUUUCCAGAAGCUGCACGAACUCAAGAAAGACUUGAUUGGCAUCGACAAUCUCGUGAUUCCAGGAAGGGAAUUCAUUCGCCUGGGCAGCCUCAGCAAGCUCUCUGGCAAGGGGCUCCAGCAGCGCAUGUUUUUCCUGUUCAACGACGUCUUGCUGUACACGAGCAGGGGGCUGACGGCCUCGAAUCAGUUUAAAGUCCAUGGACAGCUCCCGCUGUACGGCAUGACCAUCGAGGAAAGCGAGGACGAGUGGGGCGUACCCCACUGCCUUACCCUCCGGGGCCGGCGGCAGUCCAUCGUCGUGGCGGCCAGCUGCAGGUCCGAGAUGGAAAAGUGGGUUGAGGAUAUCCAAAUGGCCAUUGACUUGGCAGAGAAAAGCAGUGGCCCCACUCCCGAAUUCCUCGCCAGCAGCCCCCCUGACAACAAGUCCCCGGACGAGGCCACGGUGGCGGACCAGGAGUCGGAGGACGACCUGAGCGCGUCGCGCACGUCGCUGGAGCGCCAGGCCCCCCACCGCGGCAACACCAUGGUGCACGUGUGCUGGCACCGCAACACCAGCGUCUCCAUGGUGGACUUCAGCGUCGCCGUGGAGAAUCAGCUGUCCGGGACUCUGCUGAGGAAAUUCAAGAACAGCAGUGGGUGGCAGAAGCUGUGGGUGGUGUUCACGAACUUCUGCCUGUUCUUCUACAAGUCUCCCCAGGACACGCACCCCCUGGCCAGCCUCCCUCUGCUCGGCUACUCACUCACCAUCCCCUCAGAGUCUGAGGACAUCCACAAGGACUACGUGUUCAAGCUGCAUUUCAAGUCCCACGUGUACUACUUCAGGGCUGAAAGUGAAUAUACAUUUGAAAGGUGGAUGGAGGUGAUCCGCAGUGCGACCAGCUCCGCCUCCCGCGCCCACACCCCGAGUCACAAAGAGUCUCACGUCUACUGAAGGCAGGACACGAGUGUCGCGGGGCUCGGCUGUGGCCGUGUCCCUGGGAGACCCUGCCUGUGCCCUGUAUUAAUGAAGCCUAGUAAAAUUAACACCCGUCUGGAAACCCAAAACGUGGUUUUACAGCAGCUCGCCUCGGUCUCCACAAAACCGCUUUUACCCUUGUCUUUCCGAGAACAGUGCUCCCAGCUCCCACGCUGGGGGCUCUGCGUCCGUCAUUCCCUGGUGGGCUGUUUGCAGCCUACGCCAGUAUUAAAACCUUGUCACUACGAGAGUGCCAAAUGACCGUUUUUCUUCCGCAACUGCACCUUAAAAGCAGUACAACCCUAUCCGUUCAACCAAAAGACAGGGCAAGUGCUCUUCUUUUUCUUAUAAAAAAAAUUUUGAUUUCUAGGCUGGUGCGUUUAAAAACAAUUUUUCCAAUGUUUGUGAUACACGUGGCACAAUCUUAAGCAAAUGAGAUUUUCAGAUUUCGUUUUUUCAAUCUUUCUACUUUUAUAAUAGCAGCAAGUUAGUAGGAUUUACUUCUUUGAUUAAUACAAGCAGUUUGCAGCACACUACGUACGUUCCCCUCGGGGGGGGGGGGGUGUUUAGGCUCCAACAAAAUGCUGUUCUUGGCACAAGUUGACCAAAUUGUUUCCGUGAUUCCUCUUUACAAAGCAAAGCGGGCUGUGUUCUGGGCGGAGCAGCAGCAACCCAGCACAAGGCCCGCGCUCCCGCCGUCCUAGGAGUGGUGUGUAUGAUGGGAAGCUCUCAGCUGUGGUGUUUGCUGUCUGUCUCACAAGCAUGAGAACCUGUAUGUCAGUGAUCGGGGCCAUUUGUGAUCUGUGACGUUCCGGAGGGUCUCUGUGAGCUUCCGGGGGCCGCGCCCCCCAGCCCCUGUGCUCAUACCUAUAUCCUGCAACUGUGGUUGGGGACUGCACAUUCACUAGUAUAUAUUGUGCCAGUCUUCAAGAACAUUCUUUUCUCCUGUUUGUACUCAUCCCUCCCCACCCCCCAGGCAUGGGGUAUAUCAACAGUAUGACCUUGCGCAUCCUUGACAGUCGGACGACACAGGGAAUGGGGCUCCAGGACCUGCCGGGCCCACUAGUCAAAACCCGUUUGCCUCCUCUCUGUGGAGAUCGGGAGCUGCUACUCCCAGUGUCCUUAAACCCUUUCCGACACAGGCCGGAGGGGGCAGCCCAUCCAACCCGUGGCUCCCGGUGCCUGCACCCCAGCCCCGCGGGCCGGCGUGGCAGAGCCGGGACUGGACCCAUGGACGAGGAGCUCGGGAUGUGUUAUCGUUUGCCUUACGACGUGUACCAGAUGGUUUCAAGUACUAACAAAAGGGAAUAAAAAUACCUCACGCCACAAUCCAGCAUACUGAAGUUUUAAGGCAAAACAUCAC